GCUAAAAAGAGUAACAAGAACCAGCCGGUCAGUGAGGCCCUGGCAUCUACGGACACCUCGGACGCCCACGCCGGGCUUCAGCCCCACAGCGUGGGCGCACCAGCCCGGACCCCGCCCGAUGGCGGCGGAUUCCCACCGCCCAGGCCCACCGGCCGCAGCUACUAACGUGAAUACUCACGUGUUUCUACGGAAAAAAAAGAAGGAAACGUCCCCCAAAGGAGUCUUUAUAUAGCGCCAAGCGCCGCGAGAUCUCGGCUGCCCCACCCCAAUCGCUCUUGCGCCAAGGGCCUAUAAAACGGCCUGUGAUUGGCUCCGAGGGGCCCCGCCCCCGCCGAGCUCGGCGAGUGCCUGCGUGUCCGCGGCCCCGGAAUGUGCGCGACUGGGACGCUGCUAUAAGGGACAGCUCGGCCUCUACCUCGUCUUCUCCGGCUGCAGGAUGCCUGGAUGCUCAGAGCCUGAGGCCGACGCCGCCAUGACCGGGGGGGGAAGGGGGGGGCUCUGCUUUCGUUUUUCAAUAAAGCUGUUGAUCUGAUUCAUCCGUGUGUGGGUGUUCUUGAACCCCCGACUACCAUCCUGGAAAACGCAUCUGCUGACGUGGGAACCGAGGUGUGCUGUGGAGGGAGACCUUUGUGGGACACCUUCCUGGCCAGCUCAACUCUGCUUUGGAUGCCACGCAGGGGUAGAACCCGGUCUUGAAGGUUGGCAAGUGAUUUCUAAGAUCCCACCCUCUAAAAGCGGCAGAGCCAGGUUUGAAACCAUAUUAUUUCUACUCCUACCCCGUAUCUUCUACAUCAGCAUGUAAAGUACCUUGAGCUUGAGAGUGGCGGGUAUGAUCUCAACCUCUUCACCAGCCCUCCCGACUGCAACUUCCUGUGCUCUGUCUGCCAUGGAGUUCUCAAGAGGCCGAUGAGGUUGCCAUGCAGCCACAUCUUCUGCAAGAGGUGCAUCCUCCCAUGGCUAGCCAGGCAGAAGACCUGUCCGUGCUGCAGGAAAGAGGUGAAACAGAAAAAGAUGGUCCAUGUGAAUAAACUCCGGAAGCUCAUUGGCCGCCUGGAAGUCAAGUGCAAGAACGCCGAAGCUGGCUGCCUGGUGACGUGCCCCCUGGCCCAUCGGAAGGGGCACCAGGACUCAUGCCCUUUCGAGCUGAUGGCCUGUCCCAAUGAGGGGUGCACGUCGCGGGUGCCUCGUGGGAACCUGGCUGAGCACCGGCAGAAUUGCCAGCAUGGUGCCCAUCAGCGCUGCCCCCUGGGCUGCGGGGCCACCCUGUGCCCGGCCGAACGCGCAAGCCACAACUGCUACCGUGAGCUGCGCAAGGCCUGGUGCCAGCGCCAGGAGCGCAGCCGGACCCUGGUGCUGUGCCUGCUACGGCGCAUGCGCAAGGUGUACCGGUCUGCCAACCACAUCCGCCGGCAGCUGGCCCAGCUCGGAGAGUUACUGGAGGAAGAUGACGCCCUGCUCUUGGGCGCCCCGCAAGAGGAGGCUGAGGCCCCCCCCAGAAGGCAGCAUUGGGGCUGAGAUGUGGGGGGCCCAGGGCCAAGCUACCUUGUAAAUAGGAGAGUAAAUAAACGCAGAGCCCCGGCCUGGCCGCCUCACCACCGCUGUGCUUGCUGGCCUCACGCCUUCCCCUCCAGGCAUUACUCACCUCAUCUGAAAGGGACAUCUUGGCCUGUUUACCUGAACCUUUCCAAGGUCUUUCCCACUAGUUCUUCACACUGGCUCACCGGCUUCUGUGGUGUCUCCCAAGUGCCUAGAGCACUGCUUUGCACGUGGAAUGUGCUCAAUCAAUAUUUGAACGACUCUGAAAUCACCCGACUUAUUAAUUUACCUGCGUUAUUUCUCAUACUAUACUGGAAGCCCUAAGGCAGCGCCCGGUUCACAGGCUGUAUCUGCUAACUCACCACACCUGACCACUCUUGCCCCAAAUCCCAGAAUGCCAAGGGGGCAGGAGUCUUGGGAUUACUUUAGUAAACAUUUCCUACGAA